UUUGCGAGCACGCAUGGGGGUCCCUCCCUUCCAGGCUGUCCAUGGCCUCCUCGCCCCGGCGGGCAGCUCCAAGACUUUGCCAGACCUUCCUGAUCCCCCAUUUCCCUCUCUCUACCUUUCCUCUGAAGAAACAACCCGGCGUUACGUCAGAAAGUGCAGGGCAAGCAAGACAGCGUCUUAGGAGCUAUUCGUAGGCAUUGCUGCCAAACCCGGCUUGGGGCUGCUCACGAGCUCACUGCAGCCAAUGCAAUUUACAAAUCCAACUCUUUUAAAACAGCAGCAGUAUGUGGUAUCUGUUGCUGGCACAGUUGCGCAAAAAAAACCCAACAGUGUAAACGGUCUAAAGAUUAAAAAAAAAAAAAGUAGGCUGGUUUACCCUGUAGCCUCACUGAAAACACCAUGACAUGAUGAAGCAACAGAGAUUUUUGACGCACAGAGAUUUCUGGAGCAUUUUUUGUGUUUGAUUCUUUGCUGAUCUCAAAAACAACAUGCCCCACGCUCGAAAUAGGAACCCUAGCCCCAUCCCAGAGGUAACAUGGGACACGGGAUUGAAGGAGAUGAACGAGACCUGGAAAGGAGCUAUCGCCUGUCUCGGGGUGGCCGUCUUCUUCGUAAUGACCAUUGGGAUCAUAUACUGGCAAGUGGUUGACCAGCCUAACAAGAACUGGAUCCUCAGGGGGACUUUUAGCGGACUGAUCUGGGAGAGAAGAACCCAUUCGCUGGUCAUACAGACCCUGAUGGAGGACAAGACCUUUGUGGAGAUAGAUGUCGGGAACGUGGGGAACCCCGACAUCGAGGUUCCCUUCGUGAGGAACCUGUGCUGGCUGAAUAAAACGGAGUUCUGCUAUACGUGGGACUCUGUGGCCGAGGUGAAGAUCUCGCUGGAAGUGAAUGAGGAGACGGAGACGGAGUGCUACAGUAUGACUUGGAUGCCGGUGCACUGUCAUGUGGAGCUGAAGGACUGCUUCUCCAUGACCAAUGUGUCCUGGUACGGCGGAGCCAGUGUCCGGGGUCAGACGUGGCCAAUCAACGAUCAGAAUGCCACCAUGCAGCCCUUCAUUGUCAGCGAUCUGAAGGACAAUCCCUCCGGCUUCGGCUCUGCCCUGGAACGCUACUUCCUGGGCUCAUCAGGUGUUGCAGUUCUUGUUUCUCCUGAUAUCCCCCUGCAGCUCGGGGUGGACAGCAGACAGCAGUUCUGCCUGCAGUCCCUGCCCAGUAUGGAGCGUCUCCCUCUACAGUACACUGUGUGUGUGGCCCACAACGUGAAAGCUGCUCACCAGGAAGCCAUGCAACAACUCUCCCAGCCCAGCAGGGAGCUGCCCAACAUGAAAGCACUGUGGCUGCCGUUCUGGAAGCUGCUUACCAACGUGGAUUCGGGCCAGAAGGUGGAGAAGGAGCUGAGGAUCUUCUCUAAUCGUCUUAAGCGACACCAGCUCGGGGAGGGAGUCAUCAGCCUCAAUGAACAUUCCACCACCCUCCUCUCUGAUAUGGACCAUGACUACCUCAACAUCAGGAAAAGGGGGAUGUCCAAGAGACUGACCAGGGACCUCCCACUUGUCAAGCUUCUUAACAUUUCCAUCACCCUGUCCCCUUUCCUGAGCGUGGACACCACGCAGUUCCACACCUCCCUCGUGGACGGCACAGAGGCCUAUUGGCUCAGUCUCCCCUCGGCCCCUAAGGGGCAACUGAUCCCUGUGAUGAGUCAGUGGCGAGGAAAGUUCUGCGUAAAGCUGAACAUCACCAACCCAGGAGCGGUGAGCUGGUUCCUGGACAGAGUGGGAUCCCUGCAGACCCAUUUGGGGAUGGAGUACAUCAUGCUGGAGGGGGGCGAGGGAAAUCUGUUUGAGGAGCAGGCCCUGCGGCCACCACAGGCUCUGGGUGGAGACAAGUACAUCAGCCUGCUGGCUGACCUGGCCACAAGGAUAGGAGACUCUACCAUCAUGACAGCAGGGACGCGGUCGAGCCACAAGCCGCUGUUUGUGAGGAUGAUCCCUUUGCAGUCUGACUGGAGCCCAAUGGGCCUUAAGGGCAUCAUUCCCUCCCUGCUGCACCACACUCUGCUGGGAUACAACUUCCUCAUUCCUGAUGCAGUAGGUGGCUCUCUGUAUGGAGACCUGGUCACAGAUGAGGAGUUGUUCAUCCGUUGGUUGGAAAUCGUAGCCUUUCUCCCUGUCAUCAGCUUCCACACACCCCCUUGGGUCUACGGAGAGGACCGGGUGCUGAACCUAACUCGAACCUACAUAACAAAGCACCAGAGGGAUGUGGUCCCACUGAUAGAAAAGUAUGCAGAGGAGUGGCGGACGACAGGAAACCCCAUCUACCGGCCGAUGUGGUGGCUCACUCCCAACGACCCCAUGACCUUCACCAUCGAUGACCAGUUCCUCAUCGGAGACAAGGUCCUGGUGGCACCAGUGGUGGAGAAGGGGGCAGUGCAGAGGGAUAUUUAUUUACCUGACGGGGGCUUCCAGUGGCAGGACAGCCAGAACGCUCAGGUGUUUGAUGGGGGGACGUUCCUACAGGACUACCCUGUGCCCUUGGAUGAGGUGGCGGUUUUCUUACGGAGAAGCUGAGUCAUGUGAAUGAUCCUCCAAAGUCACCUGACUUACCCCUUAUCCUGUUACUGUUUUGAAUCAAAUUCUUUUUGUUUAAAAAAAAACAAAAAAAAACUUGUGCUGUUCUCAACUUGCACUUUUCCACUAAAGACCAUUGACCUUGUCUCAAGGCACUGUCUUAUGAUGAUAUGUAGAAAGAUUUUUUUUUAUACUUGCACUUUACAGUUCAAAAUUAUUUGUAUUUUUUUCCUUUGUGAAAAUGUUUCUUCCUUUUUUAAAAAAAAAUGUUAAUUGGUUUUACCUCUUGGCUGAUUUGUUUCUGGACUUUUUUUCUUCCUGUUUUUUUUUUUUUUUUUGUGCAUGUGUAACUUCCAGAGAAAUCUGAGUGUUUACAUGCUGCAAUUCUACAGUCUUUUUUAGUUGCUGCUGGCUCUCUUGAUAAGGAGGAACAAAGCAAGCGCCUUGUUUGCUUAAAAAGAAUCUGAAUCUCUCAAGAAGACCAAAUGAAGAUAUAGAAGGACGAAGGAAGAUGUUUGAAAGGGCUUUUUUGAGGGGAAAUGCUUAUUGGGAUGAAAUUAGCUCACAAAAACUUUCAUACGAAAACUGAUGCACAGUGGUACCAUAUGUCUUGCUCACUCAAUGGAAAAGCCUUUACUUGAACUUCUCAGGCCAAAGGGCUGAUGUUUUCUGAAUGUACCUCAAGUUACAGUUUUUCAAUGCUUUGCCGAGUCACCAGACACAACAACCCAUCACCCCUUAGCAUUUAUUCUUAGAAUAGUUAAAUUAAAAAUCAGCAUACCACUCUGUUGGACGUAUUUGAAUGUCCUUUAGUACUGUAGGCCACAUAAACUUGAGGCCAAGCCACUGUCAUUGUAACUCUAUUUGAAUUUAGACUAGAUUUAACCUUAUUACUAACCUGCUGUAGUAAGGGCUUUUAAAUGAGCUGCUCAUAUUUUAUUUUUAACUGUUUUAACUAUUUCUGUCUGAUGUUGUGUUGAUAUGCUCUAUCAUGAGUGCCAAAUGAAGUGCAAAAGAAAACCUUGUUGACAACACCACAGAAGUGAAAAUUAUUUUUUAAAUAAAUUGUUUGACAUUUUGGGAAAUAUAUUUACUCACUUUCUUGCAGAGAGUUAGAUGAGAAGACAGAGAACAUUCUGCCUGUACGGUAAAUAUGACUGUAGCUUAGCUUAGCAAAAAGUCUGGAAAUGGUGGAAAGAGCCAGUUUGGUUGAAAUCUGACAAAAUCUGACCACCGGCACCUCUAAGGCUCACUAAUUUACAUGUUAUGUCUGGUUUAUAAUCUAUACAAAAACCAAAGUGUAAAAUAGUUAUGGUUUUAUGUGGCGUUGUGUGUGCUGGACUGUUUCAUAGCUAGAGGCGGUGACUUCCUCCUGUUUUUAUGCUAAGCUAAGCUAACUCUCUCCUGUCCAUGGACAAUUUCUGCCUAUUUAACAGGCAGACAUGACAGUGGUAUCAAACUUGUCAUCUCUCAACAAAAAAGCAAGUGAGAUAACUUUAUUUCCUAAAAUGCUUAACUAUUCAGGACAAUGUGGGGGGGAAAGAGUUUUUCAGGCCCCAACAUAGAUAAAUGUGUUUUUUUUUUUUGUCAUGUAAGAAAUGUCUAUUGCAGCCAUCUUUGAUUUACCAGAAACUGUUAAAAGCAUUAGCUGACAUUUGUGGUCACAGAGGCACAGUAGAUACUUGACAUAAACCUUCAUGAGUGAUUACAUUUCUACCCUCAUGUGACCCUUCACUUAGCCCACUCCAUGUCCUGUCGCUGUAAUCAUAUCCACUCCCAUGGCUUGCUUUAGUUCAGUUGCAUUAUUUACGUAAGAGAACUUUUCAUUUGGUUUAAACCCCGACUAAAUGAUCUAAGCAAAUGAAAUGUAAAUGAGAUAACUGGGUUUCUUAUAUACUCUACUCUUUCUUAUUAUACUCAGUAUCAGCCCAUUGAGAAACAACAUUUGCACCAUGAUACAUUGCUCUAUGUACAGUUAGAUGUCAGUGCUCUUUGAUAGUGCUUUUCUUUAUUGAUUUGUUCUUCACAAGACAAUCUUAACUGACCAGCAGUGAUGAUUCAGACUCUGGAAACGUAUCACUUAGUGAAUGCUUUACCACUAAAUUGACUGUGCAACUUUGAUCUAACAAGUUUACUGUAUCAACUCCAACACUCAGGUCUACUGAAGCUUAUCAAAUCACCAAAUGUCUUAGUACAACUCAGUAUGUUGUGAACACAUCAACGUCUUAAUCUCUCCUAGAGCUGAAUGUACAAUGGACAAACUGUGAUUUCCCAACCAAGCCCUUUCUUGUGAGGAGCUUUUCUAGUUCCUUGUUAAUGCUUUAAUGGAAUGCUGUGGUAUGUUCUUGUAUAAGUUGCAGGAAAAGAUUUGAUGUGUUAUUCCUUCCCUCUACAGACUGAGUGAACAUGAUGCCAUGUACCUUACUAUGCCACUCUUAAAUCUGGACAACCCAAGUUGUCUGGAUUAUUGCAGUAUCAGCAAUGUACAUAUUACGAUGACUGUGCCAUUACAAGUGUUUUUUUCUUCUGUAAAUCAGAGAACUUAGA